CUUUCUCUUUUUUUAUCUUUACUCUAAUCAUCAUGCCUUCAGAAACUUUGCCAUUAGCUGAUAUACAAGUGAUCGGUACUACUCGCAUCUUUCCAGAGUCCAAUGUGACAUCUAAUGUCCCCCGUAUCGUACCUUUGUCCAUCAUAGACGCUACUGUUGCCGAAUUUGCGCCUACCGCUGGCACUUGGAUAUACGACCAACCAAAAGAAGAACUAGGCAAACGAGCGCUUUAUGUCGAUCAAUUGACACUGUCUUUGCGGAAGACGUUAGAAGCGUACCCACAAUGGGCCGGACAAUUGAAAUGGGCAGCUUAUCAUCCGGAUGGAGACCACACUGAACGCUUUGGUCGUCUGGUAUUGUCGUAUGGUGCCUUGACUGAUCCCGGCGUAGCGCUCGUGAUUGCCCAAACUUCUCAACCUCUAGCAUCCAUAGUGCCAAGCGCACAAGACCGGAAAGAAAACAACGGCUUUUAUGAUAUCAAGGGCCUCUCCAAAAUAAGCUUCAUGACCAGUGAAGUACCAUUGGCCCUCAAACAAGAUCACAACAACCCACCUUGCUUGAUUGUACAGAUCACUUCUUUUGCAUGCGGAGGUGUAUCCAUAUCAGUCAAAAUGGCUCACGCUAUAGCUGACGCUCAAACCAUGGUCAACUUCAUCCAUGACUGGGCCAACGUUAAUCUCGCUAUGGUGAGCGGUACUGCGGCACCUCGUUUAACUCCAGUAUUCAACCCCAGCCUGUUAGACAAUGCGGCUGCCGGCAAUAAAGAUGACAAAAAACCAGAUCAGAAUAUAAUUGACAUUGCUGCUGGCCUACCCCUCCAUCGUUACGACUGGUGGGCAUCGGCUGACCAUUGUCCUCCAGCUUUGGCGGGAUCAACCAAAAUUCCUCAGGCACUCGAACAUACUCCUGUCGAACCGUUUGGUACUCCGCUUCCAUGGGACAAUUGGGAUUUAUCGUCACCUGUGUCAGACUAUUUAAUUCACUUUACUGGUCAAGAAAUACAUAGUAUGUGGGAAGAAGGCUCAGCACAGGUCUCGCCAACCAAGAUAAGUCAUCUGGACGCCCUCUUGUCUCAUCUUUGGGCCGCCAUCAACCGUGCAAAAGGGCUGGAGGAUGACCCGGAGGAUGUGAGCCUGGAUGUUACGUUUGACUUUAGAACUCGCGUCGAACCCCCCUUGUCCAGUAGAUUCACUGGUUCACCCAUCACUUUGGCAGGCGUAAGCAUGUCUGGUGCGGAAUCUUGCUCCAUGCCGCUCGGGCAAAGAGCAGCGAGGAUUCGAUCCACUUUGAAUCAACUUAACACAACCACCGUACCGGCACUUCUACACUACUACAUUCAUCAAGUAUGUCCACAGCGCAUUUGGAACACUUUCCUCGGCCUCCGAAAUAUCCUAACGACUUCGUGGCUGCGGUUAAAUGUGUACGGAAUUGAUUUUGGUGCUGGUGCAUCGCCUCGGUAUGUCCAACCGCUGAUGCCGAGUAUAGACGGAUGUUUGCACAUCAUGGAAGCACAGGGCUCGAAUUUCAAAGAUUCAUCCCAUACCACCGGCCACUGGUAUGAAAAUGGAGUGGGUGUUAGAUUGCAUUUGGAAUCCAAUGCAAUGGAAAAGUUGUUGAAGGAUCCACUGCUGAGAGCGCAUAAAAAAGAGUAAUUAAUUGCAGCAUGCGGCAUCCUUAUGCAAAGGGUCCGUUGCUAGAAUAGCAAUAGAGUGUGUAAAAAGUAUGAUUUUGUAACUUAUUCAUUAGACUAAUUCAUGCUUGCCGGUUCAGUAUGGUAUGCUUUU